CUGCUGCUCUCCGUGCGCUGGGGGCCGGCGGGCGGCGACGCCGCGCUCCCCCCGCCGUCGGCCGCGUGGUUCCUGCGGGAGCUCCUGCGGCGCUACGGGGAGGGCGAAGCGCUGAGCCUGGAGCAGCUGAAGGCGCUGCUGAACCGCCUGGACGUGGGAGUGGGCCGCGGCAACGGCUCCCAGCCCCGCGCCAACCUGUCCCGGUGCUUCAGCUCCGCCGAGCUGUUCGCCGCGCACAACCUGAGCCGGGGCUCCCGCCUGGGCCCCGCCGAGUUCCGCGCCUUCUGCCCGGCCGUCCUGCAGCAGAUCGAGUCGGCGGCGUGCGCUGCCGAGAACCUGGAGAACGAGGAGGACGAGCAGACGGAGGAGAGCAGACCCAGCUCGGCCGAAGUCUGGGGUUACGGGUUCCUCUGCGUCACCGUCAUCUCCCUGUGCUCGCUGGUGGGAGCCAGCGUGGUGCCCUUCAUGAAGAAGACCUUUUACAAGCGGCUGCUCCUCUACUUCAUAGCUCUGGCGAUUGGAACUCUCUACUCCAACGCCCUCUUCCAGCUCAUUCCCGAGGCUUUUGGCUUCAACCCCCAAGAGGAUUAUUACGUUUCCAAAUCGGCCGUGGUGUUCGGGGGCUUCUACCUGUUCUUCUUCACGGAGAAGAUCCUGAAGAUGCUGCUGAAGCAGAAGGACCCGCAUCACCACGGGCACAGCCACUACGGCGCCGAGGCGCUGCCCUCCCGCAAGGACCAGGAGGAGGGGGUGACCGAGAAGCUGCAGAACGGGGACCUGGACCACAUGAUCCCGCACGUCACCGGCGACAUGGAGCGCAAGGGCCCCCCCGGGGACGACAAGGUCGUGGUGGGCUCGCUCAGCGUCCAGGACCUUCAGGCCUCGCAGAGCGCGUGCUACUGGCUGAAGGAGGUGCGCUACUCCGACAUCGGCACGCUGGCGUGGAUGAUCACCCUGAGCGACGGGCUGCACAACUUCAUCGACGGGCUGGCCAUCGGGGCCUCCUUCACCGUGUCCGUCUUCCAGGGCAUCAGCACCUCCGUGGCCAUCCUCUGCGAGGAGUUCCCGCAUGAGCUGGGUACGUCGGGCCUUGGGAAAGGUGCCCUCGCUCCUGCCCCUCUGCAAGGUUUCCCUGGUCCAGCAGGAUGCCCCGGGUCCACUGGAAUCACCCAGCACUUCCCCAGUCCAAUGGGGGAUGCCCCUGGUCCUCCAGGACGUCCUUGGUCCACCAGGAUCCCUCAGCACUUCCCUGGUCCUCCAAGAUGCCCCUGGUCUACUGGGAUCCCCCAGCACUUCCCCAGUCCAACAGGAGAUGCCCCUGGUCCUCCAGGAUGUUCCUGGUCCUCCAGGAUGUCCUUGGUCCACCCGGAUGCCCCAGCACUUUCCCAGUCCAACAGGGAAUGCCCCUGGUCCUCCAGGAUGCCCCUGGUCCUCCAGAGUGUUCCUGGUCUUCCAGGAUGUUCCUGGUCCUCCAAGAUGCCCGUGGUCCUCCAGGUUGUCCUUGGUCCACCAGGAUCCCCCAGCUCGCCCGCGUCUCCAGGUGUUCCCUGGUGGGGCCGCGUGCUCCUGGCUGCGGUGGCUGUGGCGCUGGCCGCUGCUAAGCAAGGGAACGGGCGUGCUGCCUUCCCUGCCUCGCAGCUGGGGCACCGCUAA